AUGAGGAACAUUAAGGAAUCACGAUUCCCGAGGCCAAUGAGAUCUGAUCCCAGCCAGAGGGAUCCUAAUUUAUGGUGCGAGUACCAUGGGACCAAAGGCCACCAGAUUGGGGACUGUCGACAUUUGCGCGAGGAGGUGGCAACAUUGCUGAAAAAUGGCCAUGGCCAUCUAAGAGAAUUCUUAAACGAACGAGCUAAGAACAACUACGGUCGUAACUGGGAUAACCCAGAACCCUCGAAAGCGGGAGAAUAUCCCCCUCGUCUGACGAUCAACAUGAUUUUUUGGGGGAACGAGAUUAAUGGUAUAGCAUUCUCGGCAGCGAAAAGGACGAAGGUAUCAGUGGCUCAUAGAAAGAGACUCUGGGAAGUCGUUGAGAACGACAUCACCUUCACAGAUAAGGACGCAGACGGAUUCUUACUACCGUACAACUAUGCCCUGGUAGUUUCUCUUAAUGUUUUAGGUUUUAAAAUUAAACAUGUUUUGGUGGACCCAGGAAGUUCAGCCAAUAUUAUCCAAUUGAGACUACUGGAGCAAGCCAAGUUGACCGGAAGUAUCAUUCCGGCCACAAAGCUUCUCGCGGGGUUCAAUUUUGCAAGCAUGACAACCCGAGGAGAAAUUUCGUUGCCUACAAAUGCCGAAGGGGUAAUGAAGACGACCCUUUUUGAAGUGGUAGACGGUGAUAUGGACUACAAUAUUAUGCUUUGGAGACCAUGA